AUGGCUUCUUCAUACCCUACUGCUCACAACACCGAGGUGCAAAACCCCAGACUCCGAGUCCUCAACAAUCUGAGGAAGAAGGAGCCCGCUUUGUUGACUUUCAUUGCUAUUCCUUCUGUCCGACAUGCGCAGAUAGUCGCCUUGACGGGUUUAGAUGGUGUGAUUAUUGAUUGUGAACAUGGUCACAUCGGUGAUGACUCCAUGCACAACUCCGUUUCGGCUAUUUCCGCCCUUGGUGUCAGUCCAAUUAUAAGAGUCCGAGGUACUCAGCCAGAUAUCCUGAAGCGAGCUCUCGACACCGGUGCCCACGGUUUGAUGGUUCCCAUGAUCAACACAGCUGAAGAAGCUCAAGCCGUCGUCACCUACUCGAAAUUCCCUCCCCAAGGUCUCCGAGGUCAAGGUUCCGCCUUCCCCGCUAUCGGCCACGGCUUGACAACUCCAGAAUACAUGAAAUCCGCCAACCAAACCAUCUUGACCAUCUUGCAGAUUGAGAGUAAACAGGGUGUAGAGAACGUGGAUGCUAUCGCCGCUGUGCCAGGUGUCGACUACCUUUUCAUCGGUCCUAACGAUCUCGCCCAGUCACUCCUCGGUUACACCCCUGCCAAAGGUGACGAGCCAGUAUUUGUAGAGGCUAUUGAGAAGAUUGUCAAGGCUGCUAGAAAGCACGGUAAAUGGGUUGGAAGAUUGGUCAACGAUGGACCUCUCGCUGCUGAAGCUUUGAAAACCUUUGACAGUGUGGCCAUCACCGGUGAUACCAAGGCUAUCUCCAACUGGUACACUGCUCAAAUCGCUUGUGUCAGACCUUGA